AAGUGUCAUAAAACAAGUCUAAAAAUGUCAUUUCCGGCAAACAUGGCUGUGUUGUGUUGCGGCUAAUUUCAAAACAACGAAGCGUUUUUUCUUCGUAUUUUCACACUUUGGUUCCAAGUUAUACUUUUAAUCUGCUUUUGCUCGCUCAGCUGCGUUUACUGCAGUUUGUUUUCUAGCGCCAUGGAGACAGAGGAGCAGGCGAGGAACCGCUUCCAGUCGGAGUUGGAGUUUAUCCAAUGCUUGGCAAAUCCAAACUAUCUCAACUUCCUUGCUCAGAGAGGCUUCCUGAGGGAGAGAACCUUCAUCAACUACCUGAAGUAUUUGCUCUACUGGAAGGAGCCCGACUACGCCAAAUUUCUCAAGUACCCCCACUGCCUGCACAUGCUGGAGCUGCUGCAGUACGAGCACUUCCGCAAGGAGCUGGUCAACGCCCAGUGCGCCAAGUUCAUCGACGAGCAGCAGCUGCUGCACUGGCAACAUUACUCCAGGAAGAGGACGCGUCUGCAGCAGGCGCUGGCCGAGCAGCAGCAGGCGCAGCAGAUGGCGGCGCCGUCACACGGCAACGCUGCCGCCAAGUGACGGCCGUCAGGUUUUCCCCGCACUGUUGGCGGCGACAAACACAUUCACUUUAAAAUCUUGUUGCAGGCCCCAACUUUAAUUUUUUGCUGAUCAUUCUCACACCACGUUGUUCCAUUUUUGCAAUAAAAAGGCCAAAAGUGUCCAAAA